GUUGUUUAAACGAUUUUGGUGAAGUUUUGAAAAUACAUUUAAACAACACCAUUGUUGCUUCUGAGUUAUCUCUAACAUUAUGAAUUCUAAUGAUAUUAUCACCUCCUAGGAUGCUUACAGUAAAAGAAACAACAGUUUUAAUUUUUUUCUUACUGGUCUUAAUAAGCCCAUUCAGAAAUAUCUCCCAAUAAUCUCUUCACUGAAGGUCCCUACAGGCACACGAGACACUGCUAUAUGCUUCUGCAUAUCUUUGGCGAAUAUAGAGCUCAUCACAUAAAAACAAAAAGAUGAUGAACCUAAAUCUUCAAAUUGCAAUGCGAUCUCUCGCGGAAGAAUCAAAACCUUGAAGUUGCUGUACUUUUCUUUUCUGUAUGGUUCUCUGAGUGGGACUAAGUAUUAUUUAUAAUAUUUUUUUUGUAAUUACUACUAUUUUUAUUUUUUUAUUUUUUUUUAUUUUAAAAACAUAAUAUAACUUGAUAAUAUUUUGUUUCUUUUUAUAAAAGAUAUCAAAUUUGAAAUAACACAAUCCUAUUGGUUGGUGAACCUAAAGAUUCAAAAUAAACCCAAGAAUAAGUCAAUAAAGAACAACAAUAUUUAUUUGAUAUAUGUUUUCAUAAAUUAUAUGUAGAUAAAAUACAAAGCACAACGGUGCACACCAGCAUAUGCAACGUUAAAGUUUAGAUUUUAAAAUAAUAAAAAACCAUAAUACAUUUUUAACCGUAGAUUUUAAGUUACAUAGGGCCGGCCCGCUGCGGAAGCAACGUAAGCGACGGCGUAGGGCACACAACGUGUUUCAAUUUUUUUUUACAGCUAAAUUUGUUCACUAACUUUUAAAAAAAAAUCAUCCAGCUGAUUAAAAUGCACAUUUUAAUUUUGGAUUAGGGCAUCUAAUAGUAAUGGAACUCGUACGAUGAAACUUUGAAUUUUGUGAAAGAAAACUCCAAUAAGUUAAUAUAAUCAUGUUAUUGGAUAAUGUACAUAAAUUUUAAAGGUGACUGUUUAUGAGGAAACAAAUCAGAUAUGCACGAUUUUGUUUCCUACAAAUGGCUAAUUUUACCAAUUUAUAUUUAAGUUGUUUAGAUUGUUUUCCUUCGAGUGUGUAUUAAAAAUUUAUUCAAAAGUAUGUGGUUCAUUGAAUAUUGAUAUUUACAAUGAACACGUUUCAUACAUAGAUGAAAUAUAGAUAUUAACCUAAAAUAACCUUAACAAAAAUUAAAAUACAAUAACUUUCAAAUCAAUAUUCAUAUUAUUAGUAUAUAUAAUAAUACUUAGUCCCACUCACAUUUACAAUCGGCUUUCCAAAACUUUGUGCUACAUUAUGUUUCAUCUUUCAAUGGCCAACACUAAACAAAAACCAGUUUCAAUCUUAUUGCUUACUACAUUUUGCUUCUUGUCGUUAUACUUUGUGAAAAAUCAAGCCUUCUCAAAAGUCUCAUAUCCAUCUACCUUAGGUCUAAACCAAGAGAAACUAACACAUCUUCACUUUUACUUCCACGACAUGUAUGGUUACAACCCAACAUCAGUGGAAGUAGCAGAAGCCGCACAAACAAACACAUCUAAAACAUAUUUUGGUUCCAUGUUCGUAAUGGAUUGUCCUAUAACUACACUUCCUAAUAUAAGCUCCAAUAUAAUAGGGUAUGCACAGGGUAUGACAGCAUCUGCAUCUCAAACCGAAUUGGGAUUGUUGAUGAUUCUCCAUUUUGUGUUUACGGAAAGAGAAUAUAAUGGAAGCACGAUUAGCAUUCUUGGACGUAACCUUGUGUUUGAGAAUGUUAGGGAGAUGCCUGUUGUUGGAGGCAGUGGCCUGUUUCGAUUCGCUAGAGGAUAUGCUGAGGGAAAGACGUAUUCAUUAGAUGUGAAAUCUGGAAAUGCAACUCUUGAAUAUAAUGUAUUUAUCUUGCAUCCUUGAUGUAUUAUACAAUAAUGUUAAAGCUAAACUAUUUUAUUAUCGUUGAUUCCGCUAAUUUUUUUGAUAAUUACAGUGAUGAUAUUUCAUAAUUUAUAAAUUUGUUUUACGUAAAUUAAUGUCACUAUGUCCUAAUUUGGAGAACAAUAGUCACAUUGAGAAAA